AUAUAUAUAUAUAUAUAUAUAUAUAUUCUCGCCUAUUCUUAUAUCCGUUAAUAUUCGUAUAGUCUACGGACGACUGAAAACUGAUCUAUUUGGCCAUGGGCAAUUGCCAGACGACUGACGUGGUCGCCGUCAUGAUCCAGCACCCGGACGGGAGGACGGAGAAAGCCAACUGCCCGCUCUCCGCCAGCCACGUCAUGGCCGCGAACCCCGGCCACUACGUCGCCGUCAUCAUCACCCUCAUCUCACAGCGGCGCUCCUCCUCCUCCUCCGCCUCCGCAACAGCUGAUGACCGAGGGGAGAAGGUGGUCCGGUACCUCAAGCUGCUCGGCCCGGACGAGCCUCUUCAGCUCGGCCAUUUCUACCGCCUCGUCAGCUUCGAAGAUGUGCUGCGCGAGUUCGGGACGAAGAGGCGAGUACGGCUCAGUAAGCUGCUGUCCAAGAAGAAGGAGAUCAUCAAGAAAUCGUGCGACGGCGAAGCCAAUGCUUCAGCUGCCUCGUCGUCUCCGGAAGCAGAAUUAGAAGAGGAGGGAAUGCAGAGACUAGGAAUAUUCCAUUGCACGGGGAGCGCAAAGCAGGGUCAAUGGAGGCCAACCUUGCAAACCAUUUAUGAGAUAGCGAAACUUUAAUUAAUCUAGUAGAUAUAAUAUGGGGCCAAGUUUGGCUUAAUUAAGUCGCUGUGGUUUGCAGUAAUUUGGUUUCACGUGUAUCAUGUAUGAGCAUAUACGAAUAUGCACAGUGUUUUGAUAUAUAUAUAUAUAUAUGGACUAUGG